AUGUCAUUUUACCCUGCUGAUUCGGGUGCGAUGCGCCCUGCUGGCGAUGGUCUGCCGAUGCAGGGCGCCGCCGCUGACGUGGACAAGGUGGGCGGAGGGGGCAUGGACGGAAUGGGACUGAUGUCGGACCAUGUCCAGGUCCCGCCAGGCAGCCGCCUGAGCACGCUGAUCCAGCAGUAUUCUCGCAACCCGGGGCAGUUCCAGCGCCAAUUUUGGCGGCACCAGAUGGACCUGGUCGAAAGUGGCUGCGACUCUGACGGGAAGCCGAUCGACUUCUUCAACCUGGGCUCGGCGCCCGCUGGUAAUAGCAGUGCGCUGCCGCUCGCGCGUAUUAAGAAAGUGAUGAAGAACGACGACGAAGUCAAGGUGCUGUGUGCUGACCCAGUCUUUAUUGCGGACCUGACGUGCCGGGCCUUUAUGAUUGCUGAGGAGAAUAAGCGCCGGACGAUUCAGCGCUCGGACAUUGCCAAUGCCAUUGCGCGCUCCGACCUGUUCGACUUUUUGAUUGAUAUCGUGCCGCGCUCCGAUAUGAUGCGCAACCGCAGCGCGAGCGUGCCGAUUCGCAAUGCCAUGCCGGCCGUCCCGUUCCCAGGCUCGGACGUGGCGGCCCGUAUGGGCAUGCCCGAUACCUCGGGCGGUGCAUUUUUGCCUCUGCGCCCGUCCCAGGCAGACGUGCGAACGCGCAUGGACCCCGUCGAUGCGUCGCUGAAUAUGGGCCCGGGCGCCGCACUCAAGGGCUUGCCAAAGCCCACGCUGCCGAACGACUGGGGCUCAGGCAUGUACUCGUUCCCGCCGCCGUCGAUGGGCGACGCGCGCAUGCACCCAGGGGCCGGGCUCGGCAUGCCGUCGGCGCCCCCGCAUGCGUCGCCCGGCCGCACAAUGAUGCCGCGCAACGGCGUGGAGACGGCCGGUUUCAUGGAUGCAAACGCCCCCCUGUCUAUGCCGCUGUCGGCACGCGGCAACUCCCUGCUCAACAUGGUGCCGUAUUCCAUGGACGAGUCGGCGAAGAACGACUCGAACGCUGCCGAGUAG